AUGCUGGGCACGCCUCCGCAUACUCCAGCACUGUCAGCAAAGGAUGAAUAUGCGGAAGAGGCAUCAGAUUCCCUAUUUGAUGUGAGUGUUGGAAAUAAUACAACACUUGAUGAAGAAAGCUUCGCUUCUAUGGAGAAGGGCGACCCAUAUAUUUCCCCUGUCAGCCUUCACAAUCCAGAUUUUUCCUUCAGUCCGAAAGUUGAGCAUGAGAAUUUUCACCACGAGAAAAAAGGUUACAUUUUGAAGGAUGAUCAUCUCUCGCAAUACAAGCACUAUAAGCUUCACCAUCGUAAACUUGAGGACUUUGUUUUGCCCAGAUCAUUCUUUAACGUAAAACUUUUGGAUCGUCUUGGUACAGGCUCUAAUUCCUAUGUUUACGGUGCUGCAAUUAGUUCACCGGCGUAUGGUCCUCGCACGGUUGCGAUAAAAAUACCGGGAAGUCGAAGUAAAGUGAAGUACCUAGAAAGAGAGGCACUUUUUAUAGUAAUGCUCAAACAAUUUCGAUCCGAUGUUGGUGAAAGUGUACAUGAAUAUCCGUUCAUUGAUGCACAUGGUCUUUAUUAUUUAAAUCGAGAGGAUUUUAAUCUUAUCAAAAAAAAUGAUGAGUUGCCGUGCUUGAUUAUGAAGAAAAUGAGUUGCAAUUUAACACAAUUCAUUAAAGAACGACGAGAUUAUGCGAGACCUGAUCAGAUCGCUAUUGGAAAACGUUAUUGGUGUAAACUUUGUGGAACUUUAUUACAUGCUUUAAAAGUUUUAAAGGCUUUACGAUCGGUUCAUUGUGAUCUAAAAACAGAUAAUGUGAUGAUAUCAUUUUCAAAUAAAGAAGAAGAACGCAGUCCUAUUUUCAAAAUCGGUGAUUUUUCUUCAGCUUCAACAGUUGAAGAGCUUCAUGGAUUGCCCGAUACCACACUACAAUUUAGUGCCCCCGAAUUAAUUGAUUCAAGUUCAGGUGUCAAUGCUUCAACUCAAACAGAUCUUUUUAGUUGUGGUAUGAUUCUCCUUACUGCUGCUACCGGUAGAAUGCCUUAUCAAGCAUAUUCAUAUGAUCAAAUUUACUUGGUCUCUUUGGCAGCAAAGAAUAAAGUCCUUGAAGUGUUGGAAAGGGAAUCGUUAAACAUAUUACGUGCCAAUCCAGAAAUAUACCACUUAAUCAUAAUGAUCAUCAAGGAUCGGUGUACCCUUGAUGAUGCUCUAUCUUAUUACAGAAGAAGCUGGUGCUGA